GCUGAAGCAGGAGGAGGAGGAGGAACCAGGAGAGCCGGGCCCUCCUUCAGGAGCACAGCUGACUCGGCACAUUCAGGAAAAGAAACGGCAGACGGAUGGCGGGCCGGACCCUGGACUUUCUCUGAUCCGAUCGGUGCCGGGGCCUUCAGGCAGCAGAUCCAGACCCCUUCCAGUCACUGCAGCCGGAUUCAUCCGGUCGUUCCUGACGAGACGGAGAUGGAGGCGAGGAGAGACGGGACAUUGUUGGAACUCUGACGGACGGAGGGAGAGAUGGGAGAGAGGGGGGCGGGAUGAAGGAGGGGGAGACGCUGCUGACCUCCAUGUGAACCGCAAGACCCACAUCCCUGAGACCGGAUUCACAGAACCCAGAGACCAAAACUAAGCCCUCAAACCGGACUUGAAGAAACACACUCAUUGUAACCACUGAAUCAGAACCUGCAGACCCAGAGACCCAGAGACCGGCACCGCUGACCCAGAGACCAGGAACGCAGACCCAGAGACCGUAACCGUAACCCAGGACCGCAGACCGAGACACCGGGACAGCAGACCCAGAACCAAGAAACCGGGAGCAGGACCACAGACUGGAAACUGCCAACUGAAUUUGCAGCGCUGGAAUCCAGAGACAGAACUGUGUAGAUCCAGACACUGGAACCACAGAUUGACCCACAGAAGUGGGAACAGAACCCAGGACUUGCAGACUGGACUGGUACCAGGACCUUGAUAUUAAAACCUCCUACAGAUCAGCAACACGGUCUGGCCACAGUGGAUCUUGCAGACCCAGAACCCAGAGGCCGCCCCACUGAAGCUGAACCCGGGUCUGGAUGGAGAACAAAGCGAGGCCAGUACCAUCGCGGUGUUUCUGUGAAACCCAAACGUCUGAGGCCAGAAGCGUCCCCACCAAGUCCCUGGAUUCUGAUGAGCUGAGUGGGAGCAGCGACCUCUGAGCUCCACAGGUGUGGACCUGCAGACCCUCUCAGGUGCUGGGAUGCAGCUGAACCGGGCCUGCAGUGCCAUGCCCGGGUUCAGCUGCCCUCCUCCUCCCCCGCCGCCACCGCCUCCCCCCUCCUCCUUCUCCAGCAGGUUCAGCACCAUGAGGUUCUCCUACCACCUCCCCACAGCGGCAGCACACGGCAGCGCCACCUGCAGGACAGGACCCUCCUCCUCCUCCAGUUCCAGCGUGCUGACAAAGAGCCUCCCUCUGGAGCCGUCCUGCUCACCGUGCGGCCACCAGGUGGCGCCUGAUGGGGACGUCCCCGAGCAGUCAGGCUCCGACCCUGGACCCGGCUCCCCAUUUUCAGGCCCGGCCUCCCUGAAAGAAGGGGCGGGUCUAACUGAGCAUUGCAGCUCUGUGAAUGACACGGGGCCACCGGAGCUGCCGGUUACCCUGGUAACGCCACCAUGUCGGAGCAGACCGCCACUACUGGGGCCCAAACCUCUGGUGCCACCGAAGCCCCCCCACCUCCAACAACAGGCCGGAGGGUCAAGGCCACGGCCCCGGGCCUUAGACAAGCCCCUGCCACCUCCGCCCCCCUGCAGACCCCUCCCAGCAGACCCCCGGGGAGGCUGGCCCCCGCCCAACCAGGCAGACGACACUACCCCCCCCAGCUGUGUCCUCUCGCUUAUAGAGAAAUUUGAGCGAGAGCAGAUCAUUGUUGUUCCUGACAUCACCGGGGGAGCUCUCUGUCCCCGCCUCCAGGACCCCCCCUCCUCCCUGUCUUCUUCUAGACCUUCAUCCCCGCUGUCAUCAUCGGUGCUCUCCCCUCCCCCGUCAGAGAGGGAGCCCCCCAGUGACAUCACAUCUGAUGAUGAUAUCACUCAGGAGGGGGAGGGAGGGGAGGAGCAGGUACCUGCUGAUGACGACGAUGAUGAGGAUGAUGAGGAUGAAGAGCUGGCGGCGGCGUGCUGUGACGAGCUCCACCAGAAGCGUCUGUCCAUGGAGUCAGGUUACAGCCCCUCAGAGAAACACCUGGAGGACGAGGCGGUUGCCGUGGAGAUGGGCGACCAACAGCAGCAGCCAUCGCUGCUGUGUGACCAAUCAGAGCUGCCGUCCGAGCGUCUGUCCCUCCCGUCCUCGCAGACGGACGGGAAGCUGGCCAACCGCGACAGCGGCAUCGACAGCAUCAGCUCGCCAUCACACAGCGAGGAGCUCUGCUUCGCCAGCGUGGACGACGGGGGCGUGGCUUAUCCCUGCAGCCCCGCCCUCCUGCCCCGCCUGUCCAGCUCCUCCUCCUACGCUGGGGAGGGGGAGGAGGGGGAGGCCAGGGCCGGGGGCAGGACGAGGAGGGAGUUCUCUGAGGAGGGAGACAGCGACCUGGAGGAGGAGGAGGAGGCAGAGCUGACUCUGGUGCUGGAACCCCCGAAGACGGACAGGCAGGACUCUUCAGAGCUGUCCGUCCACCAGAGAGUCUUCAACAUCGCCAACGAGCUGCUGCACACGGAGACGGCCUACGUGUCCAAGCUCCACCUCCUGGACCAGGUUUUCUGUGCCAGGCUCCUGGAGGAGGCGCGCUGCCGCUCCUCGUUCCCCUGCGACGUGGUCCAGGGCAUCUUCUCCAACAUCUGCUCCAUCUACUGCUUCCACCAGCAGUUCCUGCUGCCAGCGCUGCAGAAGCGCAUGGACGAGUGGGACUUGAACCCCCGCAUCGGUGACAUCCUGCAGAAGCUGGCUCCGUUCCUGAAGAUGUACGGGGAGUAUGUGAAGAACUUUGACCGGGCCAUGGAGCUGGUGAACACCUGGAUGGAGAGGUCGGCUCAGUUCAAGGCCAUAAUCCAGGAGAUCCAGAGGGAGGAGCGCUGUGGGAACCUGACUCUGCAGCAUCACAUGCUGGAGCCGGUCCAGAGGAUUCCUCGCUAUGAGCUUCUGCUCAAAGAUUACCUGCAUCGACUGCCAGAGGAUGCGCCGGACCACCGAGACGCCCAGAAGUCUCUGGAGCUGAUCGCCACAGCAGCCGAGCACUCCAACGCCGCCAUCAGGAAGAUGGAGCGAAUGAGGAAGUUACUGAAGGUGUAUGAGCUGUUAGGAGGCGAGGAGGACAUCGUUAAUCCAACUAAUGAGCUCAUUAAAGAAGGACACAUCCUGAAACUGUCCAACAAGAAUGGCACCACGCAGGACCGGUACCUCAUCCUGUUCAACGACCGCCUCUUGUACUGUGUCCCCAAGCUGCGUCUGAUGGGUCAGAAGUACGGCGUCCGCACUCGCAUCGAUGUGGACGGCAUGGAGCUGAAGGAGACCAGCAGCGCUGCCGUCCCCAGAACCUUUCUGGUGUCAGGAAAACAGAGGUCCCUCGAGCUGCAGGCCAGGACAGAGGAGGACAAGAAGGACUGGAUCAAGGCCAUCCAGGCGACCAUCCAGCGCCAUGAGCAGACGGCCGAGAGUUUCAGACACCUGAGCUGUUCCCUGCGAGACGACGAGUCCACGCCGCCUCACUCCCCGAGUUGUGUCGAGUUGGGAAAACGAGCUCCGACUCCCAUCAGAGAGAAGGAAGUGACUCUAUGCAUGAAGUGUCAGGAACCCUUCAACUCCAUCACCAAGAGACGGCACCACUGCAAAGCCUGUGGACACGUGGUUUGUGGGAAGUGCUCCGAGUUCCGUGCACGUCUGUCAUACGACAACAACCGAACUAACCGUGUUUGCAUCGACUGCUACGUCACCCUCGUAGGAGCGUCGCCGUCGCCUGCUGGACUGAGCAGCAGCAGCCAGAGGAGGCGCUCCAUCCUGGAGAAACAGGCCUCGCUCGCAGCAGAAAACAGUGUGAUGUGUAGUUUUCUCCACCACAUGGAGAAGGGAGGGGGGCGGGGCUGGCAGAAGGCGUGGUUCGUCAUCCCGGAGAACGAGCCGCUGGUGCUCUACAUCUACGGAGCUCCACAGGACGUGAAGGCGCAGCGCAGCGUGCCUCUCAUUGGCUUUGACGUUUCUCUGCCCGAGUCAUGUGACCGGCUGGAGCGACGUCACGCCUUCAAGAUCUCCCAGAGUCACCUGACCCUGUACUUCUGCGCUGAGGGGGAGGAGCUACAGCGCAGGUGGAUGGAUGUCCUGUCACGGGCCGGGCGAGGGGAGGAGCCACUGAUUCACCAACCAAUCGCGGAGAGUCUGGAGGAAGAAGGGGAGGAGCUUGUUGCUGAAGCGGAGGGGGAAAACACGUGAUUCUGGAAGACGCAGGAUGACGAUGAAGACGAUGAAGGUGGGGUCUUAGAAUGAGGAUCAAACUGAUUGGAAACCAGAACUGAUUCAGAAUUAAUCCAGAACCUAUUCAAGACAAAACGGGAUCAAAUCACAACCAAUCCAGGGCCUAAACAAAGAACAACUAAAACCAAUCUAAACCAGACAACUAAGAUCCUCAAUCCCUCCAAAAUAAAACAAUUUAAAUCAUCAAAUUCAACUUUUCUGCGCCUCGCGGGAAGUGUGUAUGGCCUACGUGGGUGGAGUUUCUUCUGAUUGGACUCGCAUGUGAGACAAAGCUUUCCUUCUCACUUUCUAAAUGCUUCAUCAGCCUCCGCUGCCAUCGCCAUGGAAACGCCCCAUCCAGAGCGGCGACAUCACACCCAGAGCAGAAGUAACUGUUCUCAUCUGGUCUUAACCCUACCACAGUUUACAGAACAUCUUUGAGUUCUGGCUGGAGACCCAGGUGAAAACAAUCGUCUCUGAUUGGACCGUUCCUGCUGUCAGUCAACAUGAAGCACAUCUACCAAACUUCGUUCUCUGGUGGAACCGGAUUUCUGCAGCUGUGGUCUAGUUCCCACCAAACCUUCACGGGUCACUGAGGAGGUAGAGUCCUCCCUGGUCCCUGAAGGAAGGUCCUCGAACAAACACGUUUACAUUCAUAAGAGACUUUAAACUCUUUGAUCCAACAUGUUCCUGAGCUGAACCCGCUCAGGAGGAUUUCACAAAGUUCCCAAAGUAUGCUGCCUUGUCCAGGAUCGGUUCCUGGUUCCUGCAGUUUGAAUGAAAACACAAAAAACCCUUGGUGCUGUCAGAUGAUGGACUGCAUAUUUGACUCAGAAAUCUUCUUCUUGCUCUUGUAGUUUUUAAACCACAGAAGAAGAAACUAUCUAGUCUGCCUCGAUGUUUCAUGUCAACGUUCCACAAUGUAAAAAAAUCUUCUUCCAUGCUGCGGUUGUUUCUUCUGGAGGUAACUACAUUUCCCAGGAGCCUCUGCUCUGAAGCUUGGCUGCCCUCUGCUGCUGGAGUGGGGUACUGCAGGAUAUACAGUUCUUCAGAGCCCUGCAGGACCUCUUCAGUUCUCAGUGUUUUAUCUACAGAGGUGGUUUUGUCCCUCAGACACGCGUCCCUAGUUUGUUUCUUCUGUCCAACCAACCUUUCAAACGCAGACGGAUGAAGCAGAAGCUGAAUCCUAAAGAAGCAGAGGAAGAGUCAUCGUGUCUGGGUGACGUCCCUCUCUGUGGGUGACCAGGAUCAGGACGGGAGACCAACGUUCCUCGGACCUACAGGUUUCUGAAGACGGGUGUUUCAAGUCCCGUUGAUUCCAGCCAGAAAUGGGCCUGUGGUUGGAAGGAGCAGGUCUAGAAACUGGUUGGACCGGGCCCUCCUCACCUCGGUUAGCAUUAGCUAGCUAGUUUAGCUCAGUCCAUGCUAAUCAUUGUUAGCUUACAUCGUUCUGAUCAAUCCAUCAAUUCUGUUGCUAUUGACCCAUCUGGGACGAGGAUACCCAGUGCUCAGACCGAGACACCUUUGCUCCCAGACUGCCCUAACCCCCAGCCCAGAACCAGUCCAGCCCAGAACCAAUGCAGAACCAGUCCAGCCCAGAACCAGUCCAGUCCAAAGCCAGUCCAGCUCAGAACCAGUCCAGCCCAGUGCUCAGUCCGGCCCAGAGCCGGGUCAGAACAAUUAUAGCAAACCUGGGUCUAGACACCAACAGCAGUUUCGGCACCAGGCUGUCUUCUCACCUCUGCCGCCGCCAGGAAGUUCCUCCUGCUGGGGUUUUUAGAGCGUUGUUUGCUUUCCCUAUUGAAGAUGUCACCUCAUCAUUAACGGCGUGUGAGCACAUCGUGAAUAAAAAACAAACUUAUUGUAUUUGUUUGUUGUGAAACUGUACAGGCCGCAAGUGUAGGCGGUCUCCAUGGCAACGACCAGUUUGGUGUUGGUGGUUUUUGUAUCAACAUGGAGCCAACCCAUCUUUAAAGAACUGUACUAUCUUGUAUUGAACACCAGGGGGCCGGAUCCACAUGUAGGGGGCCGGUUGAAAUGAGGCUGAAGGGCAUUUAUCUCCAUUUUAACAUGGAAGUCAAUGGAGAUCUCUCUGUUGGAUCCGGACCCUAGUGAUCAGUAGAAGAAACCCAGGUCUGGAUCCGGACCCUAGUGGCAGGUGGAGGAACCGCAGUCUUCCUUAUUGGCUUCAAAAAGGAAACUUCAAAAAAUAAAACUGAAGGUUUCAUCCUUCCAGUCUGAAGAAUAACACAGUUUAUCUCCUCAGUUGCCUGAGUUUUUUCCAAAAUGAUUUCGAAAGGAUCGGAGCUCCUAACUUCCAGCCGGGAUCUCUUUAACAGCAACAAGCAGGGUUUUUGAAGUGAGCUUGUUAUUUUGAGCCAGUCUUCAGUAAAGUUAGAUCAGACCGGACCAACCAAGAGGGACUUCACAGAAACCUUCUCCACAUGGAUCCUGGUCCAGGGGGUUGGGUCACUUCAAUCAGGAACGAUCCCAUCCACUGACAGGAAGUAGAGCGUCAGACGUUGUUUUCUUUUCCAUUUUUGGAUGCAGGAGGUGAAUCCAUUAGCGAUUAGACAGAGCCACUGUGAAGUGACCUGGCUCGCAGACUCUGGCUGUUCGUGGUGUCGCCUCGCAGAGGUUCGGUACUUCUUGUUUCUCCCAUUGCUGCAGUGUUUUUAUGGUGAAACACCUGAAUCUCCUCGUUGUUUCUCUGCUGCGGCGACGAUCCCAUCAGACUUGUCGUAGGAUAUUUUCUGUGUUCGUGAGUCUGGCUUGUGUUCAUGUUGCAGAAGAAAACAAAGUGCAGAUUUUGUAAAUAUAAUUUAUUCUCCCGCGACCCGCCGGUCAUGUGACUGUGUCUCAUGAUCAGCGGUCCAAUCAGAGCCAGGCAGGCGGUUCGAGGUCGGUGAAGGUUAAGUUUAAGGAGUCUUUUAUGAAGAUGCAUGUUGUUUCAUCUCUGACACACACACACACACACACACACACACAAGAUGCCGCUCUGGUUGCCACUCAGAACCCGUCACCAUGGCAACCCCUGGCUGCUGCUCAGAACCCGUCACCAUGGCAACCCCUGGCUGCUGCUCAGAACCCGUCACCAUGGCAACCCCUGGCUGCUGCUCAGAACCCGUCACCAUGGCAACCCUUGGCUGCUGCUCAGAGCCCAUCACUGUGGCAACCCUUGGCUGCUGCUCAGAACCCGUCACCGUUCGGCCAUAUUGAUCUCUAUUCAUGUUAAUCAGCACCAUGACAGACUUCUGAUAGUGACUGAAAAACCUGUUUCUGUUUCCUAUGUGCUCUAGUGAGCAUCGUGUUAGUUCUCGUUGCCCCACUGCUCCCCGCUCACUCUGUUGUUACUGGUUAUCUUCCUAAACCACAUUGCUACAUGUUACUGGUCUGAGGGGGGUGGGCCUGACCCCGCAUGGGGGUCGUAGACUGUAGAAAACAAUGGACCACAUAUCCAGACAUGACCCAUUGAGUCCCAUAAGGGCGGUCAGUAUGUGGUCCUGCGUUGAACCAGUGACCUCUCCAGGGCAACUCCCGAAGAGAGCUGGGAGGAACUCAAGCAGAUCCCUGCGACUCGGAAUAGGGAUGGAUGGAUGGAUGGAUGGAUGGAUGGAUGGAUGGAUGGAUGGAUGGAUGGAUGGAUGGAUGGAUGGAUGGAUGGAUGAAUGGGUGAUAGAUGGAUGGACGGCUGGAAAGACCCAUCCUGCAGAUCCCGUGUCGCAGGUUGUUGAACCAUGAGCCAGCCCAGUCUGAGAACCACAGCCUUCAUCUAAUCCUCCCAACACCUGAACUCUAGGUCUGACUUGGACCCCAGAAAUGAUUUCAGCCUCAUUAAGACGGGUUCUGGUCCAAAGAGGCUUGUGAUUUUACCAAACAUGCAGCUAAACGCGGCUAACACUUUCACGAACAAAGAGAUGAAACGCCUGGAACAUGCAGGACACUCUUUAAACUACACCUCGCUGCCUCAGGAACCGGUUCUGAGUGGUCUGAUGUCCUCGUGUUCUCAGCAGGUGUCUGGAGAACAGCGAGGAUGGAAGGAAAUGGCCAGUAACCCGGUUCUGCUGGUCCUCAUCAGCAGGAAACACCUUGUUUUGUUUCGGUCCAUUUUUCAGUUGGUACCACCGCUGUGGAGGUUCUGACUGGUUAUAAUUGGUUUACCUGGUUCUAGCUAUCCUGAUUUUAUCUGGUUGUAUCCUGACUGGUAAACCCAGUCGGUUUUGACUGGUUCCAGUAACCAAUAUUUCUCACUUGGUGGCUUAAAAGGAACAUGUGAAGGGUUUUGCAUCUGCAGGCAGUUUGAACCAGUCAGAACUAGUGUGACCCAACAAGCAGUCUCAGCUCCACCACAGCUGGUUCUGUCCGGUAUCCUCCGGGUUCUGUGUUACAGAGUGAAGUUCUCACGCUUUUAUGUUCAUUUUUGUCUUAAUCUUUUACUGGUUUAACUAACUAGCCCCCUGUCCCUGCUGGGAACGCUGGUCUCCAGCACACUUUUUUUCUUUUUUUAAGUGCUGUUGCCAUGGAAACAUUCAGAUUAAGCACGUCAGGCAGAUAAUGAGGAUCUUAUGAGUUAUGUUACCAUAGCAACCAGCUGACAGUGUAAAAGGCGCUGUGUUGCUAUGGCAACCACAAGUUCUAGAGUUGCGAUCUUACAUUGUUCCUGAACCCAUGUUACCAUGACUACAGCAACGUGGCGGGGUCUUUGCCUUUAUAUUGUGUUCAUUCUCUCUUGUUGUUGAUUAUUAAAAACUGACUGAUUGAUUGCAGGUUAUCGGUUAGUGGCCGGCCACUGCCUUCCAUGCUGUCGUUGUCUGUUUCCCCUCAUGCACCUCUAUCAGAAAAUUAAGUGACAAAUGUUAUAAAGGAGGUUAUAAAUGAAAU